CAGCAUGACGACGUUCGGUGCAAGGAGGGUAACGGUGACCCAGGGGCGGCAGUGCGGGUUCAGGGGGCGGCGAGGGCGGGUGCCUCCGUUGGAACUACCCCUUGACAACAGCCCGCAGACAUUCUCACCUCCGGCCGAUUUUACGUCGCGUAAUUUUCCAUUCUACUCGACAAUCGAACGUCCGUCGAUCGCGGUGAUUCUUCCUCGGUAUCCUGGAACAAGGAUCACGCGGCUUAUUCAGUGCCCUGAAGCGACGGAACGAGGCCGGAACUUUCGUCUGCUCGCUGAGGAAGAGCUAUUUCAACUCUUGGAUUUCCUUACUGGCUACUUGCCCGAAUCCUUAAAGUUCCAUCAAACUUUGUUGACCUACAUACAAGACAGAGUAUGGGACUUUAAUUUCUACGUAGCUAAUAACUGGCCCGACGACGCGAUCUGCUUACACUUCCCCGGAAUGACGUUAUCGCCACACGGUUUGAUGUUCGAGAGUGUAGGCGUGUUUUGUCCCAACGAUCGGCUGGAACUGCUCACGUUGCUGAGGAACGAAGACAUUUUGAUCGACUGGUCGAAGCCAUUGUACAUCAAUUUCAUACAUUACGAUAUAGCCGAAGAGUUAAUGCGCCUUUACGAAGGUACUGGGACUAUAGAGAGGGUAGUGGGAGAUGUCUUCAUGUGCGAGGAUCCUCAGAAUGAGAGCGUCGAAGAGCCGAACGAGGACGCAGACCCUGACAUACAAGUUCGGCCGUUGAAAGCAGAACACGCCGAAGGGAUUUAUGAACUGUAUCCUGCUAACGAUAUGGAGUGUCAUGAGGUCUUUUUGCGGCUGAUCAGUACCCUGCCAGCGGCGGGAGUGUUCGCGAAGGAAAGCCUGGCAGCGUGGAUGGUUCAGUCUUAUUACGGGGCGAUGUUCUCCAUGCAGACGAAGCCAGAAUACAGAAGGAAGGGCUACGGUACAAAAUUGGCAAGGUAUUUGACGAAGAGAGUCGCCGAGAGAGGAUAUCAACCGUUCGUCGUCAUACGUCCCGAGAACGAAGCCAGCCAGAGUUUAUACAAAAAGUUGGGCUUCAGGAAGCUGUACCAAACCGUGCGAAUGACAUUCAUGCCGUCAACGUGGCAAGACGAAGAAACGAAGAUGAGCCAAGUAUUACGAGAGAACUUGGAGAACGCUGUUAGACAGCUAACCAUCGAGCAGAAGAUCGUGGACGCAUUUAGAAACGAAGAUGCGAUCACUAUUACUCAUGAGCCUGAGGUACGAUCCGAGGAGGAUGAAAAUCCUUCGCAGGAGCAGACUGAAGGAAGAAUAGAAAUGACCGAACUUCGAAACGAAGAAGAAACUACCGAAGAACAAUCUGCCGAGAAUCCUGAAGAAACGGCGAACGAUAGCAAUCAAGAUGACGGGGUAACAGACGCUGAGUACGCGGAAUAAUUGACAACUUACAUGUUCGAUUAUUCGAUAAAAGGUCCAUGAUUUACGUCGACUUGUUCACUCGAGGAUACGCUCUUCCUUUCAAGGUUCCGACAAAAGAAUUGAGAUUGAUCGAUCAUGAGGGAACUGUAUGUAGCAAAUGUUGCCAGCCGAAAAAAAUUUCACUUUAUAUUUACAAAAAGCUGACUUGAAACGCACCACGAAUAAGCCACGGUUUUUUAAAAAAUGAUUCCCAAAGCUUUUGCAAACAGACUGAAUCAAAGCGACAACAACUGAAAGUAUUAGUUGCGAUAGUUAUAUGAUUUUAGAUUAUUCGUUUGAUAAUAUGGCCCUAAAACGGCAGUCCUUUGUGAGGGAGAGCUCUCGAGCGACGCGAACGACACUAGGGGAAAAAGAGAGAUGAAAUUAUUUUAAGAAAUUUAACAAAUUUUACGGCACCGCGUUCGUGCGAGGCUUCAAUUCGCGUACGAAGAUACGAAGUACAUAGAUAAAAGAUCUACGUACGGGUUCCUCAUAUCAGACUGCUUGAAGUAUGUCGUGAAGAUCUCAGGAAACAGUUAGAUGUAUUCUUUGAAUCGCCAAGUUUAGAUUCUUUCAAAGUCUAUCUGUACCUGUUGUAUUUGGUGGAUUCGUUGUUCCCAAUGGUUAACGUUAAAUGUGUAAGGAUCGUAUAUCUACGUGAAAUAUAUAUUUGGAAAUAUAACCUGAAAAAUUAGUCUCUCGUUCGAUCGUGUUUUCAGACUGAUCGUUGUAACCGAUGAUGCAUAUUUGUGUCCUUGACGGAAUAAUACUUACGUGUUCUUAUCGGGUAGCGUGCAAGUUCGAUGAUUGCUUGUUGAAUUAAAUAUUUGACGAGUAGAAAGUUGAAAGCGACUGACGAGCAGCGAGAAACACGAAGAAUCUAAUAUCCUCUAGCGACCAAAAACCAUGAUAGACUUUGAAUUGCAAAGCCCACGUGUCUAAACGAAUCCUAUAAUAAAUGAAAAAAGAAAGAAAAAAAA